CGCUUUUCCGACCGCCAUUAUUGAACGCGAAGAAGACGCGUCCGGAGACCAGCAGCUCCGCGACAAACAAGAAUCCGCUUCGGAUGAAAACAAGCUCCAAAUCGAUCUUCCGAGGACCGCCGACAAGCCUUAUGCGACGCAUGGCAUGGCGGAGAGACAGGACAAUGAGGUGGAGGAGGCCAAGCACAUCUACCUGCUGAUGAAGGAGGAGUACCGCAUCUCCAGGAACGUGCGUCUGGCCUGGUUUCUGGGCAAACUCAACCAAGUCAUCUGGCCCGCGUCCGAGCGGGAGCUGCUCAACUCCGGCAACGAGUUGGAUUUGCUGAGCGUUUUACCCAAAAGAUGGCAGCAGGACACCAACGCCGCCCAGCCGUCCAUGUUGAUGCCGUCCACCCGCGCCACCUUCUUGGCACGCAGGUAUCGCUUCAUCAUCGAGCUGGACCUCAGCCCCUCCACAGGAAUUGUGGACGACAGCACGGGCGAGCUGAUUUUCGACGAGGUUUUCCACGCCUUGUCCAGAUGUCUGGCGGGGCUCGCUCAACCCUUCAAGGUCCCGGGAACCGAGCAGCUCUUCACGCCAAAGAUCUUCAUCACCGUCCUCGUCUACUCCUCCAUUUUCGGACUCACGUCCCAUCAGGUCCUGGUGCAGGGAUGUCAGCUGGAGCGAACGGACCUGGGCCAGUUCCUGCAUCACAUCUACCAGCAGCUCAAAGCGGUGGAGAGCAACAUCGCCGACGUGCUGAAUCAGCAGCAUGAAAGUGUAAAUCAACAUCCUGGGAACGGGAGAAGCUCUGCUGAGUGCGGUCUCCCUGGCAACGGCGCGGACGAGCAGCCUCCCAGGAGGCCGAGCGUCUCCAUAGUGUCGGCGGACAUGGGCCUGGUCAGCAUGGUGCGCCAGGGCAUCCUGGCCCUGCAGCUGCUGCCCCCCAACUCCAGCGCCGGCAUCAUCAUCAUCACAGACGGCGUGAUGAGCGUCCCGGAUGUUGUGGUGUGUGAAACGCUGCUCAACCAGCUGAGGAGCGGAACCAUCGCUUGCUCCUUUGUGCAGGUGGGCGGGCCGUACUCGUACGACUGCAGCUUCGGCUACAUCCCCAACGUAGAGCUGAUGAAGUUCAUCUCCGUGGCCACGUUCGGGUCCUACCUGGCCAGCUGUCCUCAGGCGGACCCUCGCAGUCAGGACAUGAACGCCUUCCACAAGGCCUUCCUCACGUACUCCUUCCUCAAGACCCCCGACGGCGUCAACUCGGACAUCUUAAGCGUGUCUCAACACAAGCUGUUCAACGAGCACCUGGUGUCGGCCAGCGGUAAUCCGGCGCUGGUGAUGCGCAGGAAGAAGCACACGGAGAAGGAGGUGCACGCUCACUUGAUCAGCGUGGUGUCCGUGAGGCUCAGGGAGGGUUACACCAUCCGAGAGAUCGGCCUCACCAAAGGCGGCAGCCAGCUGGAGGUGAAGCUGGUGUUGCUGUGGAAGCACAACAUGCACAUCGAGUACGUGGCGUCCGCCUGCUGGCCGCUGGACCCCGGCAAGCGCGCCACCCGGGUGGAGGUGACCAUGGAGGGCAGCUACGACAUCCUGCACGACAUCAGCUGCACGCAGAGGAAGCCCAUCACCAGCCCCUACCGCACCUCCGUCAUCCGCCGCUUCUGGAACACUCUGCAGAGCAUCAAUCAAACGGAUCAGAUGCUGGUGCACCUGCAGUCCUUCAACUCCGUUCCGGAGAACUACACCAUCCCCGAGAGCACCAAGAACGGAGUUCCGCUCUUCUACAUCCCGCCUGGAUCCACCACGCCGGUGCUGUCCCUGCAGCACGGCGGCUCCAAAGACUCGUCGCAGUCGCAGUUCGCCUCCUACUGGAAGCCCAUCCUCUCCAUGGACGCCAACUUCUGGCAGAGGUGGCUGCACAUGCACCGCAUCGCCAUCAUCCUCGAACACGACAUGCCCGUGCCCAAACACCUGCACACGGCGGGCAACAACGGUCGUUACAGCACCAUCCAGUGUCGCAUUUCGCACUCUGCGCUCACCUCGCUGCUGCGGGACUGGAGCAGCUUCGUGCUCGUGGAGGGAUACUCCUAUGUCAAACUCAUAUACAGUGCUCCGGAGCAGCCCCCGUCCUCCUUCUAUCUGGUCCGGCUCAUCUCCAAGACCCCCUGCAUGGUUCUGCGACUGGGCUUCCCCAUCGGAACGGCGGCGAACAUUCGAAACAAGAUUGUGGACGAGCUGCGCGAGCAGAUCCUCAAACUGCGCUUCCCGCAGCGCAUUCAGAGCAAGGAGGCCACGCCCAAGACCAAGAGGAAGGCGGCGGCGCCGGUGCCGGUGCCGGCGGCGGUGGCGGGACAGCCCUCCCCGUCCAAGUCUCUCGCCCUCUCCGCUCCCAAGCAGGCGCUGUCGGACCGGCCGUGCGUGGUCGUGCUCAACAAGCCGCUGGAGAAGCUGCUCAUCAGGUACGAGAAGUUGCCUCCAGACUUCAGGACUCCCUUCAUCUUCAGCUCGGAGAACUCUUCCUCGCAGCCGUCCGGCGGGGCGGCGCCCCUCAGCGUGGCGGCCAACCGCGCCGUCACGUCCACGCUGGCCUCGCUGUCCCGCUACUUCCUGCACCGCCGCUGGGUGUGGGCGGUGCAGAGCGGCCAGGGUCCGGCCGUCGCCAUGCAGGCCGUCGCCCACAUCCUGUCCGUGCUGUCCGAGAUCCGCCUGUUGGAGGGUUUUCAUUUCGCCGCCAGCGGAGACGGCAUCGUCAACAUGGUCGUCGAGCUGCCAAUGAAGGGCAUGUCGGCCGACUCUGAGCGAGAGAGUCACUCGUGCAUCGUCCAGUACAUCCUCUUCCCGCCUCACGCGACCUCCACCAAGGACAGCUUCUCCACGGACGACGACAACGACACGGAGGUGGAGGCGGUGGACGUGGACGUGGAGCUCAACUUGGUGACCGAGUGCUGGGUGGAGCCUCAGAGCGGCACCGUCGCCGACUGCUCGGAGCAACAUCGCCACCUGCGGGGCCUCCGCUACCAGGAAGUGCCUCAAGCCAUCUUCCCCAGAGAUUUGGCCUGCAUGUCCACCAUGAUGACGUUUGAGUACCUGAGUCAGCUGUGUCAGAACAAGGACCAGGUCUGCACUGUGCCUGCUGGUCUCAAGGACACCGCAGCAGAACUUUCUUCCUCUGAGGAGAACAUUCACAUGGUUCCUUUCCAGUUUGAUCUCAUCCAGCUUCUGCCCAAAUGCCAGCAGGUGGAGCUCUUCUUCCUGACGUUCAGCACAGACGUGGAGGUGGAGGAGCUCCUCCGCAGCGGCCCCUGCCUGCCCAACGAGCUGCUCCUGGGCCUCUUCCACAGCAGCCUGGAGGAGGAGCUCAGUGACCGCGAGAUCCCCGUGGUCGGCGGGGACCACGCCGCCUUCGUACGGCACGUCCUGGAGCGCGAGCGCGACGCCCACCGAGCGCCCUUCCCCCUGCUCGUCAUCAAAGAGUUUACGAGGCAUCCCGAUAGACAGGAAGUGAUGUCAUCCUUUCACUUAAGCGGCAGCAGUAAAGAGAUGACGGAAUCCACUAGCACUUUACAGAGUUUGGCCAACGCCGACCUGGCGUACGAUGAGCCUUCGCUGGUGGGGCAGAGUUGCUCGGUGCCCCAGUGGAGGUGCUACGCCAAGCACGUCAGCUCCCAGCAGAUCUUGCUCACCUUCCUGCCGGCCACCUUCGCAGAUGUCCUGAUGCUGAUGACCUCGGGGCUGGAGGCGGAGCCUUUGAGCCACGCCAGCACGCAGGAGGACGACACGCUGACGCAGGCCGACUCGCCGUCCGGAUCCACCGGCGGACCGGACCGCUCCGAGUCCGGCCUCGGUCUGGCCUUCAAGAUGACGGGGAGCUCCAGCGGCAGGUCGCCCCUCGUCUCGCCGCCCCCGGACGGCCAUCCGGACGCCCUGGCGUCGGACGGCUGGGAGACCAGCACGCCGGAAACCCAACCCGGAACGCCUGGCUCGGAUUUGGGUGAAAACCGUCAUUUCUCUGAGCCGCAGCGCGCCGACGCCCUGGGCCGCCAGCUGUCCCAGCAGAACGCCGGCAUGCAGCUCAAGUGUCCCGUCUACGUCUACAACUGCUGCCUGGAGCUGCUGAAGGAGCAGCUGGUCCACCCCGCCGCCAACCGACAGCCAAGAGACGUCUUCUUCAGGUCGCUGUCUCAGGACCGCAGCGGCCCGUCGCCUUGGACCGACCUCCUCGCGCAGCCUCACAAGCACAAGGAGCUGGCCCACUACUGCGGCCUGCUGCAGGAACACUACCAGCAGAGCUUCGCCAAAGGCGUCUACCGAAGCCUCCAGCAGUCGCUCAGCAUCAGCUCCCAGGAUGUCCUGAUGGCUAUGGACUACUGCGAGGAGUCCUUGCAGGAGAUCGACAUCACGACCUUCCUGCAGACCCUGUGCGGACACAUCCGGGUGUUCCAGGAGAACGGCCAGGCUCCGGCGUGGGCUCGGCACCCAAAAGCCGCCGGGAGGUCGGCCACCUUCGUCGUCGGUGAGGCUGAGGAGGAUCGAGCCGACGUCAAGUCUGCAGUUGCCUCCUUGUCCAGUUUUGAGAUGGAAGACGCCAGCGAAGCAGAAUCCCGAGGUCACGCGCCCCAGCUCGUCCAUGAGGAGUCCAGGAAGCUCUCGGCGUUCCCCCUGGAGUUGCUCCAGACGCAUCCUACAUGUGACACGUGUCCAGAUGUGCACACGAUAAUCCAGGAAAGGUUCAUGGGGAUCGUGUUUCAGUAUUUCAAACCUGUGCCUUCCAAUCCACAUUACUUUUUCUACUGCCCGCCGUCUUCCAAGAAGGAGGAGGACUCAGAGGACGGUGAGAUGGCGGCGAGGCCCAGCGAGGAAACGGUGUCUGAGGCUGAGCAAGCCAGUGAGGACGAAUUGAAGUCCGACGGCUGCAUCACCACAGAGAGCGACAAUGACCUGGUGGUGGAAUACGAGGAGCAGCCCAGCGGCGGCAGCGGCGGGAGCCUCAGCAGCGGCUGCGAGGACCGCUCGCGCUCGGACUCCAACACCGUCAACCAGGACCAGGACUCCUUCAGCAUCUUGGACGAAGGAGACUCCCUGCUGGAGGCGGAGGGGCCGCAGAUGGACAUGCCGCCGCUCUUCCUGCACGUCACCUGCUCCGUCAACGUCAAGAGCUGCCACGGAUCCACACCCAUCCGCACCCUGCCCACCUGCCUCGGUGAGAUCAUUUCCUGCUUGGAAGGCGCCGAGGCCUUGCAGUCGGUGGACCUGAACGAGCUCUCGGUCACGCUGGACAUCUUCGUCCUGACUCUUCCUCUGGAGAUCGAAGUCAUGGCCGACUUUCAUCACAACAGGUACACGUCUGAGAGCAGCGUGUCUCUGAACCGUUCCCCGGGACAGCCGUCGUCGUAUCGGUCGGACGAGGAGCUGUCGGCCAUGCUGGAGGGACUGAACGGAGCUGACGUGGACGUGGUGUGUAGUGAACCUUUGUCCAAGCUACCGCUUCCUCACAAGCUGGCCAUCCUGGCCACCAUGGACGAGAUCCGCUGGCUGCUGGAGGACGAGAUCGUGUCGGCCCUGCGCCGCUCGCGCUCCGUCGGCCUGCCUACGCUGCUCAAGGUGGCGGAGCACGUGGUUCGCUCGGCCGGGCGGCCGCACUGUCGCAGCGAGGACGUCCCGCUGCAGUUUGUCUUCAGGCCCGAGCAGUCGCUGGAAAAGUUCAAGGAGGAGUUCCGUCGUAUGGCGCUUCCUGGCUACGUGCUCAACAGCGAGGAGGACAGCUUCUACUACGCGUCUCUGAGCCGGCUGCACCCUCAGAGAAUCCACGCCGUCAAGAAGCUGUCGGAGAGCAUCGCCGCCAACAGUGCGCCGCCUCAGGAAGAGUCCCUCUUGGAGAGCGAAGCUGAGGCCGAAGACAUGACCGCCAACGUUGCUGCCGACACCAACGAAGAGGCGACAGUGGAGUUCGGUGAGCCGCUGGGGCUCUCAAAGACCGAUGGCGGGAACGCGCAGAGUUCCGUUAGCCUCCAGCUCCUGAACGAGCCCACCUCACCCCCCAAGACAUCGUCCAGCGUCAGCUUGGCCGAGUCGGUGCAGUCCGCCUCUCACAGCUUUGGCAGGAUGAGGCCAAGUCGAGUACAGAGUGUCGUCUCCAGCCAAGGAAGUUUGGAUUCUGACAUGCAGGGAUAUGACGGCGGUAGCAGCGACUCUGAGUGCGAUAGUCCCACCCUGGACAAUCAGGAGAGUCAGACCCCUCUGAUGCCCGACUUCUGGCUCAUGGCCAAGAUCCACCAGGACAGAGUCAAGGUCUACUCGCAUUCUAGAAGCGUGAGCGAGGAAAAGGAAAUGAACGCCAAGGAGCAGGAGAACAGGGAGGAGAAGCAGGAGCUGCUGGAAUAUUUACAGCUGCACCAGAUGGUGGUGAGGAAGAUUGGAGAGCUGUGUCGCAGAGUCAACCAGCACAUGCUGCUGCAGGACCUUCACGACACUCACAUGUGCAACUCUCUGCUGGUGGCGGAGAGCGAGGAGGACAUCUGGAAGAGCGAGUCCGUGUACAGGCAGAGGCGCAACACCUCGGACGAUUACCACGCCGAGGAGAGCUACCAGGCCAGAGAUUACCUGGCUGCCACCAUGCACUUCAUCCCAGGACACUUUGCCUGCGACGUGGUGUGGAGUACCGUCAUCCACAUACACCCAAAACUCAAGAUGGGACCCAACACGGGCGUGUCCAGAGCCAUCCAGGCCUUACACUCCGUGCUCAACUCCUUCUCCCUGGGCAACAGGAAGAACAUGUUUGUCUACCAGGAGCGCACCACUAAAUCCGUCUUCUACCUCAGACUUUACGAGACGUCUCUAGCGGGCAAAUACUCCGACGUGGACGGUGGCCUCCACACCUCUCGCUCCCUCAGCCUGGCCAGAAGUCAGGAGCCACUGUUUUCCGAAGACAUCAUGGGUUCCAGGUCAUCUCUGGAGGGUUCUCGUCCGGUGGGCUUGGUGGACAAGCACAUCUUGCUACUGGUGCACGGCGUGGGAAACGCGGGUCCUGAGAUCACGGACGAGCUGGUGAAGGUUCUGCGCAAACGUCUGGAUGAAACCACGCUGGAUAUCAUCACCAUCAUGCUCGUCAGGAACUGCAAGCUGACGCCCGCCGACGUGGAGUUCAUCCAGCCGUCCGGCUCUCCCUCCAGCGAGGUGAUGACGUUCGGCCUCCCCGCCUUCUGCCGCCCGUGGCUGUCGGCCGUGUGGCACUACCUCCGCCAGAACUUGCUCAUCUUCCUGCACGUGCCCAAGUACACGGAUAGCAACACGGCGCACCACUUCAAGCACUGCUUUCAUUCGAGCGCCGACAUGGCGGACGGCGACAUCUACCUCUACAACAAGCCUGGAGGUCAGGGGACGGGGGGCAAAGGAAUCGCUUGCAUCACGCUGACGUUCGUGGAUGGCGCGGGGCGACCCCUUCAGGCCCCCGCCCAGGAAUGCGGCAGACAAACCGACAACUGCUCCGCCCCUCUGCAGCCCCAACACUUUGACCUUUUGACUACCGUGCUUAGGGUAACGGCCAACGCCGACUGGAGCCAAGAGGCGGCGCCGCUGCUGGUGCGCUUCGACGUGUGGGAGCAAGGCAACGUCAGCCCGGCGCAGCUGGCCGACAAGCUGCAGGGGGCGCUGCGCCACGCGCUGUGCGACGUGCUGAUGGAGCUGAUGGUGCUGCCCAACCCGCUCUGCCUGCCUUGCGCCAAUGCCAGCGCGCACGGCCGCAAGGACCACGGCAAAGAUUCAGGUGCGCUCGAGGCGAAGGAGGCGAAGAACACUCCCCGGCAGCGCAGCGGCUCUCGGGUGUUCAGAAGCAGCCCCUCGCCCAUCACCUUGCCGCACGCCGGCAGCGGCGCCAUUGGCGGCGGCGGCGGCGGCGGCAGCGGCGUGACGGGAUCCAGCACGCCCGAGUCCACCACGCCCACCGGAAGAAGCACGCGCCGCAGCUUCUGGGACAUUCUGAGCAAACCCGACUCGUCGGAGCUGAGCAGCCCGAAAACCACUGACGACAUCGUGCUCGAGCGAGGCGAGGAGGGCCGCGCGGCGCGGCGCAGGCACAAGACGGAGAGCGUCAGACAGCAGUGGUCGCAGGAGAGGCUCGGCGAGCUGGAGCAGGCGCACAGGAGGCAAGCGUGCCAGCUGGAGGAGGGCGACGCCGGCGUCCUGCAUCCCGUCUACCAGCUCACCUGCCAGCCCUGGAUCGCCUUCAUGGCCCGGCUCGGCUGCCCGUCUGUUCAGCAGUGCUCGGCCGACGUGGCCUCCCACUUCCUGCUGCCGUCCGUCCUGGCCGAGCUGGUCAACCUGGUCGGAUCGCUGGCCGCCGACACCGACGUCAAGGUCUUCGUCGAAACCAGCUGUCCCGCGUCAGGAGACGUCUUCGUCCCUUCCUCGGCUGUGCCGAACCUGUGGCGUCCUCCCCAGGCUUCCCGCAGCUUCAUCGUCGUCGGGAGGAACUUGCAGCAGUGGCGCUGCAGCACAGAGCAAGCGGAUGACAGUUCAGGGGAGGAAAACGCGGCGACGCUUAGUAGAUUCACACCUCACAAAGGCCUGCAGCGCUUCGAAGCCUCCGAGCAGCAGCAGCAGCAGCAGCAGGGUGACUGCGCCAGCCUCUCGGGUCAGCACCAGCAGCAGCAGGCGGGCUGGGCGUCGGCACCCGUUCCCCGACAGAGGUUCCUCCUCAUCCGCAUCCUGGACAAAAAGGUGACGCUGUACAGCUACAACUGGUCCCUGGACCUGGGCGCCUCGCUCAACCGCGAACUGGUGCGCCUGGUCAGGUGGCAGAACGCCCGCGCCCACGUGCUGCACUGCCUGCUCAGCCAGAAGAUGGGCCUGUUCCAUCACCACUGCUUCUCCGACGCUCCGCUCCACGACGUCCACUCCGAGCGGGACCCCAACCCCUUCCUGGGUCCGUCCACGGAGCCCGACACGCUUCUGCGCAGCGCCGUCCCGCCGCCGGCCGGCAAAGAGCAGGGUCGGCUGGCGUCUUCGGGCCGCAGCCUGGCGCCGCUUCACUUCCCCUCCGAGCUGCUGCCCUUCGACGAGGCUCUGAGGGACGUGUGCGCCAUCAGGACGCUGACGGACGGAGACGCCGUGGCCCGGCACGGCGGACAGCUCUUGGACAUCAAAGCGGCCGAGAGGAGAGAGCUGGAGAAGCAGAUGAAGAUCGAGAACCUGUUUGUGACGUGGCAGCAGCGGUCGGCGCAGUCCAACAUGCCCAUCGCGCUGGCCGACCUGGAAACCCUGAAGCAGUCAUCCCGUCUGGUCCACUACUGCGCCACGCCGUUGCUCUUUGACCCCAUCUUCCGCAAGCAGAUCCAGGAGGAACAAGCCCCUCAGCCGCCGACCAAGAAGCGACACCGGUCGAGCGACUCGACGGCGUCGGGCCGCGAUCGCAGCUACAGCGGCGACUCUGGCGACGCGCUGCCCGGCCGGCUGAAGGAAGAACACUGGCUGCUGGACAUCUCCGGCAGUUUUCUGCAGCAGUACGUGCAGUACCUGCAGAGCAUGGGCUUCAUCCUGGUGCAGGUGCGCCCGCAGUCGCCCGCUCGCAGCAUCGCCCGCGCCCGAGCCGCCAUGUUGAGCUCCAUGUCGUCCGAGGGCAGGAUGUCGUUCUCUUACGUCAAGCAGAAGAGCGAAGACAGCCCCAAGACCACUGUGUCCGCCACCACCGCUUACCACCUCCAGAGGGCGCUGCCGGGCGGGAUCGUGCUGAUGGAGCUGGCAUUUCAGGGCUGCUACUUCUGCGUCAAGCAAUACGCGCUGGAGUGUUCUCGCAUCCCCAUGGGCCAGUCGGUCAACUCGCAGGGCGGCCUCCUCACCAAACUUCGUUGCAAGCCGUUCCCGGACGCCGCCCCGGUGUUUGACUGCGCGCUCUCCAUGCUGUUCACGGAGGAGUGCGACAAGGUGCGCGACUUGAUGCACGUGCACUCGUUCAGCUACGACUUCCACCUGCGUGUGGUCCAUCAAUACCUGGUGGGCUGCCACAUGACGCUGCGCCAGGGCUACCAGCUCACCGACUUCCUCCGAGACUUCAUCGCGCAGCACCCCGACAUCCCCAAGUUUGGACGCAACCACGUCUUCCAAGGGAGCUUCUCCAUCUCCACGGGGAUGAUCACCGCCCACCAGCUGUACAACUACAUCACCGACCACGCCAGCACGUACGGCAUGAAGCCCCUGCGCAUGUCCAAGCCCACCUUCGCCACCGACGCCAAAAAGGCCACGUCGGACCUGCAUGAGUACGCGCUGGUCGCCUUGUGGAACAGCUCGGGUUCUUACAAGGACCUGGAGGGGCUUCACCACCACGACGACUUCGACGUGUCCCUGGUGGUGUGUCACAAUGCCGCUCCCUUCGAGGAGCAGUCCGAGGGGGAGAGACACUUGCUGAGGUUGCACUUCUACGUGAUCAUGACGAGCCAGCGAGAGCUCUUCCCUCGACUCACAGCCGACAUGCGGCGCUUUAAGAAGCUUCCUCAGACCCACCGCGAGCUGGGCGGCCGCGCGGCCCCGGAUCGGGUGGAGACCUGCACGUCCCCCGGCGGCGAGCAAGACCUCUGGGAGGAUCCCACCGGGUCCAGGUCGGAGGCCUGCGCACCCAGCGACGGCAACGAGUUCUACCCUCUGGUGGGCGCCGCCGGCGACUCCCUGGGGCUGCUUUACCCGACCCCGCUGUUCCCGCUGCUCAACAACGAGGUGGCCGCCGCCCGCCGGCAGGUCCGGGCCAGCGUGGACGAGGCCAUGGGACACUGCCGCCGCGACAACCUGUGGAGGAGGCUUUUCCACGGCGAGCACCUGGCGCUGGACAAGCUGAAGCUGACCAAGCUGUCCUUCUGCGAGCUAGAGGAGCUGCUGGAGGCCGUCCAGAGCCGCUCGGUGGGGGACAUUGACCCCCAGCUGGAUUGCUUCCUGAACAUGAGUACGGCCUGGUACCAGAGUCUCAUCAAAGUGCUGCUGGGCCGAUUCCCUCAAAGCUGUCGGCAUUUUGAUGACGGCGGCAUCCAAUAUCUGGCUGUUCUGAACCAGAAGUUCACCGACUGCUUCGUUUUGGUCUACCUCGACUCCCAAGCCGGCAAAACGAGUCUAAAGGUGGUUUUGCGGGAGCCGCUGCCGCCGCGGCCGCAGGACGGCAGCAGCCUGCCGCCCCAACUGGUCUCCAUGUACCACCACCUGGAGUCGGUCAUCAACACGGCCUGCUACAACCUCUGGACCGGACUCUUGUAACCAACGCUCCUUCUCGCUUAAGUUUGUGUCUUUCAUCGCCCAUCUGAGGAAAAGCCAGUUUGCGUCGACUGUCGUUGGCCCAAAAGCUAGAUUGUUGCUUGAUAGCAUUAGCAUUAACUUAAGCUGCUAGAAAGCAUUUAUUUAUUUAUUCAGACAUUUAUGGAUCAUGUUUUUAGUCAUAAGUCUCCAGUUUGGACUCCUUUUGGGUCCAGACGGACGUCCUGCCCAGUUAGCACAGAAUCGCUCACACUGAGUGUCCGUAGACUACAAACGCUUGGUCCCGAGAUGCGUGCCAGUCGCCUUGCUUCCUUGAAAAUGCUCCCGGACACGACAUUCCCACACUUAGUUGGACUCUGUGGAAUGAAAUGAAACUCUUGAGGCUUUCCAUCCAGCUGUCUUCAAAGGCAGAUUGCACCCUGGAUUGGGCAGCAGGACCACCGUAGCGACACCUACAGUCCCUGCAAAGGGCAUGUUGGACUUUCUAUGCAUCUUUGUGCGCCGUUCCUGUUCAGAGUGACGCCAGAAUCUGUGACCGGGAGCCGACGCUGGAUCUGUCGCAGUCAUGCGCGGGGACAUGUUGGGCUUGAUCGGUGCCUCGCGUCGGACUUUGCGCCGAGAUUUCAGUCCGAGCUUUUGUUUUGCUUUUCGCUGCCCAAAAGUGCCUAUCCGUUUUUUUUAUUGACUUUGCGAGUCACAAAAACUUGAUGAGAAGGACAUUUCUCAAGGGGUUUUUCCCCUUUGUUGGGGGUUAGCGGCGCUAAGUAGCGUCACUGUUAGCCAAACACACACAAACAGUGAGCUUAAGGAUGCCUAACACUGCACUCUUCAACUGUGUCAGUAGUGUACUGUUUAUGUACUGCAUAUUGUAUAUAAUAUAGUAUAUAGAGGACACUUGAUGCACUCUGACAAAUGCAAAAUAAAUCAGGCAACAAACAAUUAUUCGAUCAGUUCAA